GAACUCAGAAUAUACUCUGUUCCAAUGGGGAAGUUUGCAAGCACGGAUUCUUCAUCAAAUCGCCACCUCUUCAACUUCUGAGCUCCCAGAAUUCCUGGAAAAGGCGGUUUUUCAUCCUGUCCAAAUCCAGCAAGAGUUUCUACACCCUGAAGUACCUAAAAGGCCAGAGUAUAAAAGGCUCCAUAGCUGUUGAUCAGAUCAUAAAUAUAGAAGUUGGCAUAAGUAAUUCUGACAGGAUGGCAAUAGUAAAGAAGAUGUUUAAAUGCCCUCCUGAAGAGGUGAUGUCCAUCAGUACUGGAGACAGAAGUUACUACCUCAUUGGGAAGUGCAGGCAAGAGAUAGAAGAAUGGGUCACUGAGAUAUCUUCAAUUUGCAAGGAGGUGAAAGGAGGUGGAUGUCCUCAGAACCAAAAUUUUGCAAAUCCAGAAGUCAAAAGCCGUCCUUCCUCUUUGCCAUUGUUCUUGACUGAUGCAGGAAUGACCAACCACCUAGAAAGCCAAAGCAUCCAGAAGGAGAAAGAUCACUCGGAAGAAAAGAACAGGCCUAAUUCGGACCCUGGCACCCAUCAGACUCAGGGUGACUCACUAGGAAGAGCUUUUCCAAGCCUGCAAAAUAAAAAUAUGGGGAAGACUGAAGAAAAUCCACUGUCAUCAGAUACAGAUGAAGACAUCAAAGAGGAAGAUGAUGACUAUUAUAAAACUCCAAGCAGUCUUUUAGCAAAGUGUAAUACUGAAAUAUCAAAGCCUGACCCUACAGCUGAGUCUAAUAUCCCUGUGCAAGAAAAACCAGUGCACAAGAACGCUGUGAAGGAGCACAUUUAUAUGUCAAUGAAAUCACUUCGGGUCCUGGAUGAAAAUCACCAGCUCACGUGCAACAGUGAUGGACUCCUGACUCUUCCCAAGUGCCAGGAAACCAAUGCAUGUCCAAGAGACUUGGUGGCAAACAGAAACAUAAAACUUGUGGAAAGCAGCACCAAUCAGCAGUCAAUCCUUCAGAGAAAGCAAAAUUCACUACCCCUUUCAGUUGUUCAACUGACUGUAUUACUCGGUCAAGUUACAGAUGAGACCCAACUGCAGAAGUUAGAUAUUUUCAUCCCCCUGACUGAUAUUAGCAGUUACCUAACACUUACUGAAGCAGCAGGACAAAUAUGUGUCUCACACUGGACUGGUCCUUGCCGACUUGGAUGUAUAUUUAACCAUGGAGACCAUAUAGUGGCUGUGAAUGACCUGCACCCUAAGAAUGUGGAGGAAGUUUCCCUGUUUAUCAGCAGGUCCACAAGAAAGGAGGUGAAACUUACUCUACAUAGGAUCCCAGAUUCAGAUAUCUUCCACGCAGAAGGCUGCUCAUGUUCCUGAAGACAAGAUCUCAGC